AUGAAAUUUUACUUGAAUUGCUUAAAAGUAGUUCGGCUAUAUUCGAUCAAUUUUAAUCGUCAAUUAUCAAUCAGUCAUAAAUAUUUUCAACGACCAGAAACAUUGCCGAAUGUAUUCGAUCGAAAAACUAAAUUAAAACAACGCGAACGAACUUGUCUCGAUCCGGACUAUAAGAUUUAUUCCUAUGUACAUGAACGUGUUGCUCAAAGUCUUGUUGAUAGAAUAUUCGAUAUAAAACGAACAUUUGAAUCGGCACUUGACUUUGGUUGCGGUCGAGGUUUAACUGCAAGUGAAUUAACUAAAGAUGUUGUUAAACGUAUCACUAUGAUCGAUAGUUCAUCAUUGAUGCUUGAUCAAAUACGUCCACCUGUUGAAGAAAAUGGACAUGACGGAAUAGAGAUCAUUAAAAAGCAUAUAGACGAAGAACAAUUCUCCGGCGAUGAAUCAUCAUAUGAUCUUGCGUACAGUUGUUUGAGUCUUCAUUGGAUUAAUGAUCUUCCUGGUGUGUUACGGAAAGUUUUACAUGCAUUAAAAAACGAUGCACCUUUCAUCGGUGCAAUGUUUGCUUCGGAUACUCUAUAUGAACUUCGUGUUGCACUUCAAUUAGCCGAAAACGAACGUGAAGGAGGUUUUGCUGCUCAUAUAUCGCCAUUUGUUGAACCACCAGAUAUAGGUGGUCUUCUACAACGUAUUGGCUAUAAUAUAGUAACAUUGGAUCUUGAUGAGAUUCAUAUUGAUUAUCCUUCAAUGUUUGAAUUAAUGUUUGAUCUUAAAGGCAUGGGUGAAAAUAAUUGUAGUUGGAAUAGACGAUUAACAUUGAAACGCGAGACACUUCUAGCAGCUCAAGCUAUUUAUCAAAAUAUGUAUGGUAAUAAAGAUGGGUCGAUUCCAGCUACCUAUCGUAUAUUGUACUUCAUUGGUUGGAAGCCCGACCCUAGUCAAAAAGGUCCAGCUAAGCGUGGCUCAGCCAAUGUAUCCUUCAAGGAUAUAGACAAAGUGUUAUCUACAAAAAAGUAG